CCACUCCCUCGCCGUAGCCGACCCAGCCGGACCCACCGCCCGCUGAUGGACGCCGCUGGACCGCCUCCGCCCGCAGUAGGUUCCGUCGACGUCAGCGGCGGCGGCGCCGACUCCGGAGCCAGGACAUCAUUCUUCGGCCUGUCCACCUCUGCCUUGGGGGCGGCAGCGGCGGCGGCGGCGAUCCUCGUCCUCGUCCUCGUGGCGGCCGCGACCGCAAGGUUGUUUGCGCGGAGGCGGAGGGGCGCCAAGCAUCUGUCGAUAUCGCGCGUCGAGCACGCCCCCUCCUCCGGCUCGCUCCGCCCGACGUCCACGCCCAAGGAGAAGGACUACGUGGACGCGGAGGUCGGGGCGGGAACCGGCACGAGCUCCUCCGACGUGGCCAGCUCGUCGGGGGCCGCGGCCAGCUACCUCGAGUCUCCGGUGAGGAGGAAACCGGAGAGGAUCAGCUGCGCGGCGGCGAUGGAUAUGGGCUGGGGCCGGUGGUACGACCUGGAGGAGCUGGAGGCGGCGACGGGCGGUUUCGGCGUCCAGAACGUUGUUGGGGAGGGAGGCUAUGGCACAGUCUACCGCGGCGUGCUCGCCGGCGGCGAGGUGGUCGCUGUCAAGAACUUGCUCGAUCACAAGGGUCAGGCUGAGAAGGAAUUCAAGGUGGAGGUAGAAGCGAUCGGCAAGGUGAGGCAUAAGCAUCUGGUCGGUCUGGUUGGUUACUGUGCAGAAGGGCCGAAACGGAUGCUCGUGUACGAGUUCGUCGAGAACGGCAACCUGGAGCAGUGGCUGCACGGCGACGUUGGGCCGGUCAGUCCGCUGACAUGGGACAUCCGGAUGAAGAUCGCCGUCGGAACGGCCAAAGGAAUAGCUUACCUGCACGAAGGCCUGGAGCCCAAAGUGGUGCACCGAGACAUCAAGUCCAGCAACAUCCUCCUGGACAAGAAGUGGAACCCCAAGGUUUCCGACUUCGGGAUGGCCAAGGUCCUCGGCUCCGGCUCCAGCUACGUGACGACCCGUGUCAUGGGCACGUUCGGCUACGUCGCGCCUGAGUAUGCCUCGACGGGCAUGCUGAACGAGAGCAGCGACAUAUACAGCUUCGGCGUGCUGCUGAUGGAGCUCAUCUCCGGGAAGAGGCCCGUGGACUACAGCAAGUCUGUCGGCGAGGUGAACUUGGUGGAGUGGUUCAAGGGGAUGGUGGGGAGCAGGCGGGUGGAGGAGCUGGUCGACCGGCGCAUCGAGGAUCCGCCGGCGGCGAGGGCGCUGAACAGGGUGCUGCUGGUGUGCCUCCGCUGCAUCGACUCCGACGCGCACAAGCGGCCCAAGAUGGGGCAGAUCGUGCACAUGCUCGAAGGCGACGAGUUCCCCUUCCGCACGGAGCACCGGUCGCCGAGGGCGACUCACCGGACGUCGCCUAACAACACGCGGCCGCUGCUUAUGUCGGAGAAGGUCGGAGCCGAGGACUUGGACAGGUCGAUGUGGCGAUGAUGAUGAACAGCUGACCAGUUCUUCCUCCACUCCACACACACGGUGUACAUUUUUUUUGGUUUGUUUAACGCGGCCGGGAUCGAUCGAGCGUUUGAUACUGUUGCUGGUUUGGGUUUAAAAUUGUGUUUUGGCGUAAUGUAUAAGUGACACGAUGUUUCAAAAGGCAAUGUCGUCGCUGACCAAACGUUGAGGAUAAAUGAUGUACUCGUCGUACGUUGUUGUUGCUGUCUGGCCGCGAGGCGAGUCCGUCAUGGCGUGCGACGGCGCAUUGACGGAGCGCGUAGGCUGCACCGACUCCGAGCCUCUCUCGGUCGCGGGACCGCACAAUGAAGCUCGCAGAAGAUCGAAUCACCGGGGCAAACCACCGGUGCCAGCCGCGUCCGCGUGGGAAAUGCAGCGGAAGCUUGGCACGGGUGCGCCACGAAGCAGAGCCGCAGAGGCCACCCGCGGGCUUACAGAUAAGAAGCACUUGUUUACAGAUAAGAAGCACUAGAGUUAAUUAUAAAUUACCUCAAUCCGUGCACAUCCUGUUGGCGCCAAGCCAUCGU